UCUCCUCCCAUUAAGGAAGAAGUGGUGUCGCCCAGUACCUCACCAAUCUCCACAGAUGAGGGCCACCAUUUAGAAAGACAACAGACUUUCCAACAAGUAAAAAUUAACAGAGAGAGUCGACUCAAUGCAAGGGCAAAGAGAUGCAGGUGGAUCAGACCCUCAGACGAAGAUCAGAUUGAUGGUCCCUAUCUUAAGGAGCCGAGGUUCCUGGACACAGAGGACGAAAGCCCGAGUGGAACUCACUGUGUGGAACAUGCAUGGCACAGCCUCAGCAGGAACAGCACACAGCAAUUCCACAAGCUGAGAGGAUCAAGCUCUUGCACAACACAGAGUUUGACAAGUAGAGACAGCGAUGGAGAUCUCGACACUGACAGAGAUGAGCUAUCACUCUUCACUAAGUUUAAUUGUUCAGCAGCACAGGGCCCGAAUGGCGAGGCACAGAAGCUGGUAGAAGCGCAGGACCAGCACAAUGUGGUGAUAAGAAUGGUUAACCCAGUGGUGGACAGAGGCGUAACCUCAGACAUCUUGAAAGCCCGGAUCAGUGAGCUCACACAGAAGCUGUUACAGAGGGAAACCUACAGGUGCCACGUGUGUAUGGCGUCCCCUCUGUAUGGCCUUCCCCUCUCCCUGGCGGCACUGAGUUCGGUUGGAAGACUCCAUCCAGCUGAUGCCCCUAAUGAGAAUUCACAGAGCGGAGAUCCGCACCAUAUCAGCGUAGUGGCCGUGCGCAAG